GUGAUUUGUUAUCACAUUUGAUACUGGUGCAAUUAACUGAGUUUCACUUCUAUAUUUCAAUUCAUAUGUCUCAUAUCACACUCUUUUUUUUCUCAUAGGCAUGAGUGGAUGCUGAACGAAAAUCAGUUGUCAACUCAAGACUGUCAUGCUGUAUUGGUGGAGGCCAAGGAUAGAUUCUUGGCAUGUUUGGAUGCACUGUCUGAAGAGGAUCCUGCCACAUUGGAUUCGAGCGAUAACCAGAUUGUGUUGUACUACCUUGAGGCUGUUUUGGUUCUAGGACACAUGCAACGGCCGAGUGUGGUGGAAAACAUGACUGUGAGUGAGUGGUUAUCAAGGUUCAAAGAACUUUCACCGGAGAAGGGUCAUCCACGUUGGGUGAUUGCGGUAAAGGAGCACAAGACUGCAGCAACACAACUGGCCUCGUUUGCGCUUUCACAGGAGCAGGAGCAAUGGUUUGAUAUCUACUACAGACGGUCACGGCCAGUCUUCCAGAGAGCCGGCAGGAAACGCAAGAGGGGUGAGGACAUUGAGGACGUUGAGGAUCCAAAAGAUUUAUUCUUCCUUUCCAGCACAGGGAAGGGGGUUCACCGGACCACCAAUGACAUUGCACGGUUGCAAAAAAAGUUCAAUGUCCCGGCAGUGAGCAGCAAGGUGGUACGCAGAGUCUUUGAGACGAGCACCAAGGAUAUGAGCGAUUCUGCAAAAACAUUGGUGGCGGGCUACCUUACCCAUUCAAAUGCGGUAACAGAGCAGCAUUACCGCUACCCCACACCUGGACAGCCUGUAAAGGGUAUACACAUUUUGAAAGGCAUGGUUCCUUCGACAACGUCAUCUUCAGGGGAUGAAACCAGUGUUGGGACAUGGUUUUUGUGCAAACCACAGGCCUCCUUUCAGUCAAACUUGUAACAAACAUGCCGCAUGUGCUGGAGUGGACUCAAUCCCCCAAGAUGCCACAGGUUCCAUUGAUCUUAGAAAGA